AUGAUGCAAGGUAAAUACCCUGUCCACUCCUUCUCCUCCUUCCUCUCCCAUAUUUGUCUCCUCCUGCGUCCUCCUCCUGCCCUCUCGUGUCCUAGCUAAUGUGAUGUGUCGUGCAGUGAGGACCUCGAGAGCUGCGCUGAGCAGCUCCAUGCAUGACCAGUGUGACGAUGUGGCCUGUGUGUGCGUUUGUGAUCAGAUUUGUCAUAAAUGAUGGUGUGGUAAACUGUGGAUUUUGAGAGAAGGAUCUGGUUUGUAGAUCUCUACAGAUCAGCUGAUGUCCAGUUCUCUAUGUGUUUACACGUGUCUCUGUGUUUGUGUAGCUCAUACCUCUACUUCUAAUAUCAAUAUCAGCCUUUAUGGAGGUCCAUAUGAGGAGAGGUCUCUACUCAAAAGCUCCACUCAUUUAUAUCUCUACUGCUGUUAGCUGUCAGUGCAAAAUAUCAGCACAAUACCAGAACAGAAGAUGUGCUGAUAAUAAUACCAGUACUGAGACACUAAUAUCACAUAUCAGUGUCUUUAUACUUGGUCUAAGUCAUGUGAAUCUUUAAGAAAAGAUAUUGACCGGGGAGCAUGCAAUCAUUGAUAUCUCUGCUGCUGCAGCUACCAGUGCAUACUAAAAGGAAACUAAUGCUAAAGCUAGAUUUAUUCCAACACCAGUACUACUGUAUGUUUACAUCAGCACUGGUAUCAGUAUCAGGUAUUGAUGCAUCUUCACACAGUGUAUGUAAAAACGUGUAAGGUUUAUUUGGGAAGCAAUUUGAACCAGGAAGCUGAACUUAUUUGCAGUUAUUUUGCCUUAGCUGCUAGAGCGUACUAUUCGCACAAACAAUGCUAUAACAACACCAGAGGUGAACCAAUAUCCAUACUGGUAUAAGAGAGCAAGAACUGUGGUGGUAUCAUGAUGUCUUUAAAGGAGACAUUUAUUCAAAGAACUUCACAUUGGAUACAUCAAUAAUUCGCUCACACAGUCACACCUUGGUGGUGGUAAACUACAUAGACUGUAUAUACUACGCAAUCCCGAAAGGCCCAUAGGCUGUAUCAGGUGUCAAUCAUAGAAAACAUGAACCCCCUAAUAACUUAAAAAACGGAGCUGCACAGAAAAAAGAGGACUUGAGCACAAACCAGUCUCCGACCACCACCACACAACACUCACAUUCAUACACCAGUGGAGGACACACACUGGGAGCAAGGUGUUAAGUGUCUUGCCCAAGGACACAGCGGACAGACUCAGGAUAGGGGGAACUCGAACCGCCAACUUUCUAGUUAUUGGACAACUGCUCUACCUCCUGAGCUACUGCCGCCCAAUGCUGAUAUAAACAUAUGAUAGUAAAUGUUGUAUGUUCACACAAAACUUUAAAGUUUCAUGACGUGAGAUACACAGUUGCUGGCUUGAUUCCCAGACGUUCUCUUAACAGCUUUUGCAAAAUCUGUGCAAGACUUCACCUGAACGUGAUGUCAGACUCUGCUGUGGUGUCAGGAUACUCAGUACAUCUACAUUCACCGUGAAGUCAAGCUACAGUGACAUCUCAGCUAGGCUAUUUAACUGGACUACUGUCCUUAUCCCAGUUUACAAGCACUGGGUAAGCUCGUGGCUAUGGAGUCACCACCUGGUUGUUAUAUAAACAGCAUUUGCAAGAAGUUAACGGAGUGUACAUUAUACAGAAAAAAAAUGAAUCAUUGUACCUUUUGUUUGUACGGAAAAAAAAAAAAAAGUGUUUUUUUGGCCCUUUGUCCAGUUUUGUUUACCACCUGGCUUCCAAGCAACACAUCCAUGCUUUUAAACUUAAAGCUCAAAACCCAGCAUGCAAUUACUGGAGCAUGCUUGGAAGGCUUAGGCCAGUUUUAGUGUGAUUAAGCCGUAUGCACGGAAGCAAAACUUGAUCUCUAACAACAUUACCUUGGUAUGUGAAUGCAACCAUGAGAAGUAUGAUUGAGUGUGACUUCUUUUGGUCAGUACAAGCUGGAUUUGCUUUUCAAAUGUUCCUUAAACCUGGAGCUGUCCCAUCUAUUUGAGACCUCCCAUAAAGACUGGGAAUGUCAAACAGUAAGUAACAAAAGCUAAUUUGAUAAUUGCUGACACUAACAUGGGUUCAAACGGCUAGCCCUGGACAUUUAUAAUAAAGGCAUAACAUUUGUAUUAUUUUAUGAUGACAGAGCUGUAUGAUAAGUAACACCUACCAGUUGUGUCUAACUUGGUAUCAGUAGAAAAGCAGACAAAAUAAAGUGUUUCAGGCAAAGACUGAAUAGUGCUGAAAUGAGGGUUUUAAUGACACUAGUACAUGAUGAAAAAAGAGUUUCUGAGCUGCGAAUCAUGCAAAGCUACUCUAUGGGUGUAGCAGGCUGACAUAAAGAGAGGUGGAAAUGAGUAUAAGUGGUUCUUUUUGAUGAGACAUCAGACCCAGAAGGCCACACCUGUUCAUAUCUCCGCUGCUACCAGUUUUAAAAGGCUGAUAUGAACACCGGCAUUGGUAUCAUCAGGUGUUUUCAUUCAGUUGAUGUAUUAUAGAGGUGUAUUUGAAGAGACUGCACUCAGAUUGCUGUAGCUCCAGGUGCAUCAUUAUAGGAAAAGUGAUACUAAACAACAUUUUUCCUCAUAGCAUUAGCAGCAUUGUAAGCUGAUCAUAUUUUUAUCAGGUAUGAGUAUCAGUGUGUGUACACCAGUUCUCUGACACAUGAAGGCCUAGUGUAAGAGAGAUCUGAACCAGGAAGCUGCACUUAUUCAGACCUAUGUUUUUGUAGUUGGCCAGAGUUGUACAAACCCAUAUCAAGACUAAUACUGACAGUUAUAUUGGUGUCAGGUAUUGUGUAGCUACACAAGGAAGCUGGACUUUCUUAUACCUUGGUGCAUAAUAUUGUGAUCAGUGAUACUAAAACUAAAGUUGUACCAAUACUUGAUACCCGAUACCAGUAUAAAAUACCUGCAAAGAUAUUGAUAAGUUUCAAGUUGCAGAGAAAUCUGAGAUAGGGAGCUAAUCCUAUCUCUCUGCGUGUUGCUGUUGCUAGCAUUAAGUAAAAUUUAACUAAUGAUGCCAAAACCAAAGCUGAUCAGACAUACAUAACAGAAUUAAUAACAGUACCUUUAUCAGCCUGCUGGGACACCUGAAAAGCAGAUUAGAGGUGGUUCGAGCUGGUUUAAGCCAUCAACAUAAUUGGCCUUUGUGAUAAAUAUUUGUCUGAUCGAUGCCUUUCAAAUACUUCCAUGUGCCCCGCAAAACAAUGUUAUGAUGAGGAAGUAAUCAUGGCAGGCAGAAGGCAGGAGUGAUUCAAAAUGCUGUCAUGUACAACUGAAUGUUGUUGGGCUAUCAAUAUCAGCUCUAAUAAUAGGACAGUAUGAUUCACCAUCUUACUGUAAAAUCCACUUCCUUUGUGAGACCAGCAGUUAUCUCUUUGAGUUUCUGUGACACGAAGGGGCUUUUCUAUCCCACAGAGAGGAUCAGCAAUCAGAAAUCAGACUUCCCUGUCUCAGCAGAGCAGUGAGGAUAAUAAAAAAUUGGAUUUAAAUUUAGGGGUUGAGAAAAAAAUUUGAUUCAGCAUGGUAUUGUGAUAUUUUGUCUAGAGGUAUAUCGUCUCUCUUACCAAGUAUCAAUUUUUCAAAUUUAUUGCUAAUUUGAAGUCAAAUCUAUGAUAACGGAAAAAUAAAAUUAACUGUUUGUCCAGUAAGGUUGGCAGAGGUGACAUCGUAGAGCAGGAGAAAGUUAGUACAACAAAUAUAUAUAAGAUUUGCAAGAUGUGCUACAUUAAAAUAAAAUACUGUGUAAGACAAACAUAAAGGAAAGCCAAAUGCUAAAUUAGCUUAACAGUUGAAAAAAAUUGUAAAAAUCGCAAUAAUAUCGUAUCGUGGCCCAAGUAUUGUGAUAAUAUCGUGUCGUGGGGCCAUUGGUGAUUCCCAACCCCAAAUUGAAUGUUGUAAGGCUUUCAGUAUCAGCUCUAAAAAUAGAUCAGUGUGAUUUACCGUCUUACUGUAAAAUCCACUCCCUUUGUGAGACCAGCAGUUUUCUCUUUUAGUUUCUGUGACACUAAGGAUUCACAGAGAGGAUCAGCAAUCAGGAUUCAGGCUUUCCUGUCUCAGCAGAGCAAUGAAGGUACUUAAAACUUGGAUUUAAAUUUGUUUUGUUGAAACAGAAAACAUGUAUAGGCCUAAAUUUUUUUCCACAUAGAAAAUUCAUAAAAAAUUGGUGAGGGAACUGACAAAGAAUUGGAUUGAUAAGCAAAAUCAAUGAUGGCAGGGGUAUCUAUAAAAGUUUGUUAAUUCCCAUCCCUAAUUAUAACCACCAUACUCCCCCCAAAUACUUUUUGUUAAAGUAAUUUCUCUCAAAGGAGUAACUAGUUACAACAGCAUGGUGCUAAAGGAGGGUGUAAUACUUAAUGGAAAUGUUAGUAAUCAGUAUUUUUCAAUAGAUCAUGUAUACUUUUCAUUUGACUGGUAUCUAAGGGUUACCUGUUGUCAGACAAUUGUCAGAUCAAAGUAUUUGAAUAGACCAGGUACUAAGAUAACAUCCGGCACUCCUAAGAUCACUCAUGACUCGGUGCUUGUGUUGCUUCAAUUAAAUCACAACGUACUAUAUUAAAGGCUAGAGUGAUGCAAAAGAGGAAGUUCAUAAUAAACUUUGAUGGUCGGAUGUAACUCAUAGAUCUAACACUGUAUGGUAGAUGAUGGGCCUUUAGUAUCCAUUAAUGCCUACAUGCUAAUGGAAGGUGGUUAUUAUUAGCAAAAGCCUGCAGUCAGAUUGUGAUGCUAUUGUGGCCAGUUCAUAAGCUCCACAACAGCACAGAUGUCACAUGCUUAUCAUUUGUAAGCUACACGUGCGUCACUAAUUAGUACAGAUAGGCUGCCAGGUGUAGUAAUUGACAUACUGAAUAUGUUAUUUGGAGUCAGAUACAAACAUGAAUUCAUGAUAAGGAAAUCAUAAAAACCUAGAUGCGGAUGCAUCAACAAACCAAAAAUUUAAAGGCAUGAGAUAUUAAGAUUUUUUUUUUCUCUCUGGGGGUCCAAGUUGCUGAUAUUAGCAAGUACUGCUUACAGUUUCCUGUUACAAAACUUUAAAAAAUGCAGUAGUUUAAAGUAGAUUUAAAUUAAAAAUUGUGGGCUUGAACGUUUUUGGACUCAUUAAUUUAGCGCUCAUAUAAAAGACCUACUAUAGGCUUGAAGUGCAGGGGCCAGGGAUGAGGGAUGCAAACUGGGGAAAAAGUUGAAAUAUUGAGAUCAAACUCAACCUUUUGAGGUACAUUAAACGGCAUGUAUAAUGUCUUCAGCAAAAUACAUUUUGUUGAUAAAUAUGUGAAGCCUUAGAAUUGACUUUUCCAACAGAAAUUAUUUGUCUUUUAGCUGUAAACACAUUGAAUUGUCAAUAUUAGGAUUUUGAAAAGUGUGUCUCUUCAGGGAAAACUGCACACGCUUAAAUGAGGUUCUUCUCUAAAAGUUGGAAAGAAAUGAAGUGAUUCAGCGCUCAAAAGUCAAUAACUCAUGAGGGGAACAUUGCUUUUGGAAGAAGGACACCUCUUUCCAAACAAUAUGAGAUGGACCACCACCUGAUUUUCACCAGUACCAGCUGUCCUGUUAGCUGGACGGUUUCCAGCGGUUUCUCUCUCUAGCCGGCUGUGGCUCAAUUGAAAUGUGAAGGGACUGUCUACAAAGUGCAAUACCGGGAGGAGGUACCUCAAAAAUAUUCAACCACAUAAUCAAAAGUGUUGUGUCCUAAAAUCCCUUCACACCUUAAUUGACCCCUGCUUGUCUACUAGACAAGCAGUUUCAAUGUGAAAUCAGCGUUUUAGGGCUCAAACAAAGCAAACAGUCCUCCUUCAAUUCUUAACAUGACCACUAAAUGUGUGUUCUGCCCUGCUAUGUGUUAUUUUGUUGUAAGUCAAUUACAUAUUAAUACCUGGGUUGAUUCUCUUGCUUUACUAUUUACUACACAAAAGGCCCGCACUGGUUUGGACUGGUCAGAGCGCUCAGUGUUCAGGGCUGCCUCCACUGACAGAGAGCCAUGAUGCAGGAAUAAUCUGUGCUAUUGAGCUGCACAGCGAGCUACUCAUACAUCACAGGCCCUGACAUGUCCUUCAGUACCCUGAGAGCUUCCUCCCAGUCCCCACGUGAAUGUGCUGAGCACCAGGCCAGAGCAGUACCUCUGCAAUCCAAGUGUUCAUUAGCCUUACUAUUAAGACUUCGAUGUGAGCCUGAUGAUUACAGUAUCUGUAAUUUCAGUAUUUAAUCUUAUUUCACAGCCGAUCUGAUUCUGUUUUCCUCUUAACAAACUUUAAAACAUCGCAAUCCAGUCAUGUGAAACAAAUAAGCCUUCAACUACACAGAGUGUGAGUGUGCUCCCACUUAAAACAGCCUUUUUAUGACAUGAAGAGACGCUGUGCAAAGCUGAACACAAACUGAGCUGCCUCUAAAUAGUACAAAAUGUUCAUCCACCAAACUGUCCAUCACACGUGUCUCUGAAUGGAUGAGAGAAUCGUCUGUGCUCUCUUGUCUUCAUGAACAGAGUUAUGCAAACCUGUCAGCUGUCUAUUUUAGGGAGGAAAACAUGUUACAUAGCACCGCAGGUCCAAAAACAAGAAAGAGAAGAAUGGGAUGAACGCUGCUCCUGUGGACUUCUCUGUAAAUUCACCGGGAGACUGAGGCUUUGCUGUUUGGUUACAUAUUAGAGAGAUGUUUGUAAUCAAUCGUCCUAUUUUUUCAGUGACAAAAAUAAAAAGAGAGUUGAUUUAUUAUUUAUCGUUUGAGCUGCACUUGCCUGUUGUGUUCUGUGCCGGUUCUUCCAACACUUGUUUCAGCCUGAAACUCUUAUCGGGUACGGUGAGACAUUUAUGACUGUCGUAGGAAUUAACUAAAUACUUGAAUGACUUUUUUUCAUGUCAUGCUGCACUACAAGCUUGUAAAAGUUAGCAGCUGCUGUUUUUCUUCGCACAGGACUGCUGUACUCAAUAAAUUAGCUGAUCAUGUCAACUAGUCUGUUAGCCUUCUAAUACUCAAAGUAAGCUGUUAAACCUGGUAAACAGUCAAUAUUUCAGCAGGCUAAUCCUCUAGAGAUUUUAAAAGUAUGUAACGUAGUCAGUAGUACUCGGUAUUAGAAAUUGUAAUGAUUGUUAUCCGACAAAUGUUAGUUGUUUUGGGAGGACAGAAAAAAAAAGAAGCUACCUCCCACAGAAAAAAUUCCAAACUGAUUUGCUCUUUGACCUCUCUGUUUUUGUUGCACCUAAAGGGAUUUCCAUUAUGAUCAAUCUUUGAGCUUAAAACACAGUAAAGGCACAGCCAUAAGCAUGGCUUGUAACUGUGAUGAAGAGAUAUCUUAAAAAAAUGAUAUCUUCCUAAAUUAUUCAUCUUAAAUGUCUGGAGUUAUUUAGCACAUGUGGCCCAUACUGCAAAUUUAAUUAAAUCCAAAUAAAGUCAUUAUAUCUUUUCAAUGCUAAUUAUGCCUCAGUCCAGUACUGCUCCGGGAGCCCAAAAUUUCAUCUUCAUCUUCAUGCCACAAAUAAAGUCAUGUUAAUUCAGACAGGCAGGAGGAACCUCAACGCCACAACUGAGAUUUUUGCUGAUAAAAACUUUGACAGAUGGAAAAUGUAUAUCAGAUUAUUUAAAAUAUUUAUAGUCUUUUAUUGUGCUUCCCAUGUUGCAUAUUUUCCAAAAAUCACACUCCAAAAAUGAGAACACAGAUGAAGCAUUACAGUUGAAUUUCAUUGGUAUUAUUAUACUGUCCUCUGCAGGGACCUUUAAGCUCUCACAGUCUUGUCUUGAAUGCUUUUCCUCGUCAUCCUGGCCAGGGCUGGAUGGUUCCAGCUGUCAGUGCUUCAGGGCCUCCGUUUGGCUCUUAGUUUGGCUGUUGGUCAGCUGUAGUAGAUCUCUCCUUGCUCUUUUCCUCAGAUCUCUCUAAUGAACUGGAUUGAUUGAUCAUCCUGUGCGUAUGUUUUAUCUCCAGUUUAAAGUCCACAGUCAGAGUGGGGACACUUAAAGGGAUUGAAUCUGUGCUUCUUCAUUUUACAUUCAGACUUUCCCCAGAUGGCAGGAUGUUUGUGUCCUGAAUAGAUUCAUUCAUUUAGACCUCUUCUCGGGGGUUACAGGGUUUCCUGUGUUUCAUCCUCAUAAAGCUGUGCAUCAGUCUAUUACUGUUCUGUGUUAUUUGCUACUAAAUGCAUCUAAAUGAUAAGACAGUUAACUUUAUAUUGGUCUAUAUCUGAGACUUGAAAUUAAUUCUCCAUGCUUUUUUCUUUCUUUCUGUCUCGUUACUCUCUCUCUCUCUUUGCGCCAGGACUGAAAAAUCGAACAAGGAGAGCCCUGGGCUUACGGAAAAAAGACAAGGAUACAGACACGUAAGUGUCACACACAUAACACAGUUUACAUGCGAAAGUUUACAACUCUCAAAACAGUUUCAUUUGUGAAAUACAUAAAAUAUACUUUGAUGCUUUUUUAUAACUAUAAUCAAACAUGACUGAUGUUUUUUAUAUCAUGAUUUUGAAGCCUCAAACAUGAGUGAGGGAGUGAGUGUCAGCUGAGCAGCUACAGAAACAGCUCAGUUUUAACAAUUACCACAUAGAUAUUCACAAUUUGUUUAUAUUUGACUGUCAAAAGUCAGCAGGAUGAGAUUUUUUGUCACCACUUAAGAAUGUAGAGGACAGGAGAGGAUCAAAUUGUUGUAUUUAUCAUUAAUUAUCAAAUAAAGUCAAGUGCUAAAGUUGAAAUUAAAUCUUUUGUAAGAUAUUUAAUUCUGUAAACUAUAUUUAUAAGGCUGAUUUUUACUAGCUGUAAAAGGGAAAUAGUAAAAAAUGUUAUCAUACCACAUGGGGAUACAUUUGUCAGUCAGAUUAACAAAAACACAUUAUUCUGGGAUUUGAACCAAACCUCAGCUGUUGCACAGACACUAUGAUUUUAUCAUUUCAUCAUUUCAGAUGGGACACAGCCGUAUGUUGGAGAUUUAUUGAUCAAAUGUUUCAAAUCUUUCCUUUCUCAUUUCUUCAAACAGGAGUUCACCUGACAGAGAGGGAAGUGGAAGUGGGAAGAGAGGAAGUGUAUGUACACGGUGUCUCUCUUUCCUUCUCAGUUAUUUGAACAAAAAAGAAAAAAAAUGUAAUUUACAGAAGUCUUACUGAAUUGUUGGCUGAUUUUUUUACAUCAUUACUUCAUUACAAGGUGCACCGGAUUAUAAGGCACACUGUGAAUUAACGUGUCUUUGUUCACACAUAAGACGCACCGGAUUGUAAGGCGCAUUAAGCAUUGAUUGGUUUAUUGUUGCUAGCGCGUACUCCGGGCCCAGGCUGCCUUACAUGAAUACACUUCUAGUUUAGACAUUACAGUUAGGCAGUCUUGUAGACUCCUCAGGGGUCCUGUGACGGGGCUGAUCAGGUAGUGACACAGCGUACCAUAAUGCUUCGAAUAUCCAUUGAGCGAAGCGGCUUUGUCGCUUACCAAAGUCGUACUUACACAUUUUGACAGAUUUUUGAGCGGAUUGUACUACAUAAAAUCGGUCAAUAAGCACAACAAGUAAUCAUACAUAAGGCACGCUGUCAAUUUAAAAAAAAAUUUUUAAGUGCGCCUUAGUCCUAAAAACAUGGUAUAAAGAAUGUCUCUGCCAGCCUGUUGAAUCUCAGCUCCAACUGUUGACAAGUCCUUCCUCUGACAGGGCAAAUAGCCAAUCAUAACUCAGAGUUUUUGGGCAGCACCUGAAGAGGCAGAUCAGAUUUUCAAGGGGGGCUCGUGCCACCCCUGACCACCACUGUAGUCACACUCCUGAUUACAGCUCACCAUCAUACUGUUAAACCAUGUCACAGAGCGCACUAAAGAAGACUAACAUUUACCUGAACAUUUUCACAACAUUUACUUGCUUCAAAUUUUUCUUUCCAACAAGUUAGUACAACUUGGGUCUGUAAAUAACUUUGUAGCCUCCUCAUUUUUGCUCAUUUUUGUAUUUGCUUUGCUUUUGUGUGUGUGUUUUGGGUAACUUGUUUGUAGUGAAAGUGAAAACAGCCAAAUGUUAAUCCAAGUAAUCAAUUAUAAUUCCCUGACAUGAUGACGUUCUCCUCUCAUCGCCAUCUUAGAAAAAGGCAAAUGGAGCACCGAACGGGUUCUACGGGGAGAUCGACUGGGACAGAUAUGUGAGUAAAUUCUUACUACUCUGCAAUUUACAUUGAACUCUUUCUUUUGGAUGUUUUAUUCAGCAACUUUGCAGCUGCACUUAUCCAUAGUAACUCAUGUCACAUAUCACUAGCUCUGAUAGUUUUAAAUUAACUUAAAAAAAAAGACUGCUUGUUCAGUGAGUCAGCAGGAGGCGUCAGCCAGGAAACUGACCGUGAGACGAGCCAUCUGUGAAAUCUGAUCCACAUUUACAUGCAGAGGGAAGAAAUCAGUGAUGUUAGAGGAAAGUGUGAUGGACUGAGAGUGACUGUCACCCUCUCCCUCUCUCCUGCAGGCAUCUCCUGAUGUGGAUGAAGAGGGAUUCAGCCUCAGGCCUGGAGACGAGGGAGAUUAUAUCCUUUCACUGGAGGAGAGGAGAGGAAGUAGUGUUGGUAGAAGUAGCAGUCAUGGGACUCUCCUACAGAAAAACUAUUGACCUGUUUGGCUGAGUGACUUAUUGGACGAGUGUUUCCCAGCAUUAAAUGGACCGAAUCAAUAAUCCCUCUCUCUCUGUCUUCAUCACAUGUAUGUGUCUGUGCAGUGGUAGAAUAGACAGGAUCUAGGGGGUGGGGGGGAGUUGAGUUUUAGAGAGAAUGAGUACAAUAAUAAGGGCUUCCCUGAGCUGAGAUAAAGUAAGUCUGAUAAAGUCAGUCACAGCUGGUUCAAUGCUGUAAACUUCAACAUGAAAAAAACAAACAGAACAAGAAAAUAAUAGAGCAAAAGUACAAAACAAGAAAUGAAAAUUAGUUAGUUGAAAAUAAAACAUGCUGCGGUAAAAUUCUUGCUUGAGUUAAAUAAUAAAAAGUUUGCCAUCAAGACAAACUUAAAGGGCUCUAUUUUCGUGCGCGCCGGUGAGGCGGCGGAGGGCGGCGACCCCCGCGCAGUUGUAUUUUCAUCUGGCGGAGCCCAGCGUAAGGCCAAUUUGGUAUUUUCGUGGCAUGAGCCGCACGGAGGCGAGCCGAGAUCCGCCAAGCUGGGCGUGGUGGUGUGGCAGGGGGAGGUGUUGACAGAAUCAGCCGGCGCAGUGACAUUUUCGUGCUCGCCAACGGCGUGUAAAGUGCGCUGAAAGCUCGCCGAUUCAAACCUGGUCAGCUUUCAGCGCAAGGCGGAACGCAGCUGGUCUAGUAGUAUUUUGGUAGACCGGCGGCGUAUCGACAUACGUCACUGAUGCCUCACCGGCAGGUUUCCACAGUGUCAGGCACGUUUCAGUGCAAUAAAUAAUCAUCAUCAACUAUUAAUCUGAGUCAGCACAUACAUUUAGAUCUAUAUCGAUAUAUUCUGAUCUAUAUCUGAUCUGAUGAGCGCGUUUGGCACGCGUUUGGACAAACAACCUGACCGAAUCAACACAGCUGAAACCGCAUCAAAUUAAAUUAAAUAUCUAGUAAAUAAACACACAUGAUGAAGUUAACAAGAUAUGUAAUGUGUCUCCCUCCUUUUCUUUCUUCCUCUUCCUCUUAUUUCUCGCACAGCUCGACCUGGACACGUCUCCGUGUCCUCUGUCCGUCUUGCUGCUGCUGCAGCUGAACAGAUGAUUUGUUUCAGUGCUCAGAUGCGUGAUCUACUUUAAGCCGACAUACGGAUAUUAUAAUAUUCAGUUUUGUGAGCCAAAUUUAUUUUGUAUGCCAACAUCUAUGAAAGAAAGAGCCAGGCCACGGAGCGCGAUGCGUCAUUUACGCACAGAUGGUUCCGAUUUUAAUGCCAUUUUUUGAGUUUAUGUUGUGAUCUGUGCGCUCAACCCACCUUUGUCACGUGAGGUUUGAAUAUGAGCAACUUUAUGUGAGUGUCUUUAUUUGUGGAAAAGGCUGUUUGUCUUACCAGUGGGUCCAACAUUACGCACACUAAAUCCAUCUGUGCUCAUAUGAGAGAGUGCGGAGGACACUUGUUGAGGAGCUGCCCUCUGUCGCCAUCUUGUGGCAUUACUGUCUUAAGACAUCUCUUGAUCUCUUUGACUACUUCAUGAAAAUAGUAAUACGCCUCGCCUGUGGCGGAUUUAAAGGCAAGGAGAGGAGCUUAUGUGAUUGGUGAAAACAGGUCUCGGCUUUGUUAAAAUCACUACACGCCCUUUCUACGACUUAUGGUGCUGGGAGGAGCUGAGUUAGGGAGGGGGGAUACUUACGCCGGGCUGCGCGGCUCACCAAAAUACCAAAAUGUGCUUGGGAACGCCUUGUCAGCGCGGCGGAUCUGACUGACGCUGCGCUUGCGGCACGUCUCCGGCGAGGCACCAAAAUAGAGCCCAAAAGUCUAAAGAGCGACAGUACAUGUGCAGAAAAUGCAGAUUAUCCUCAUGACAGUUUAAUCUGAUAGUCAUGAUUAAUUGUCGGAAAAGUUCAAAAAGAAAAUAAAAAGUUCCUCAUCUGCUGCUAUGAGAGACUAAAAAUACAUAAAAACCAAAUUAAGUAAAUGAUCCUUUUGUUUUUCUGACGUUAUGUAUUCAUCACCCCUGUAAAAACAUUUCAACCUUUAAUUUUAAUUCUAAUUAAUUCACGAAUCAAUUAUUUCUAUCUUUUUCUCAUUUUGCAUCAUGGCCUGUUAACCUUCAGUGCAUUAAAAAUAUUGAAACAUUAAACAGGAUGAACUGUUUCUGUGCUGUUAAGACUGAGUUGAGUUCAUCUGUGUUUAUACUUUACCUGCUUUGUUUCUUCUGAGAUAAGCCCUGAGGAUUAAAACAACAGUAUCUCAGUGUAUGAUAUUUCAUCAUUGAUUUCAUCAUUAAUUCAGUCAAAGCUGUACAGUUUUAUGAGACUAAGUUAACAAAAAAGUUAAAAAUUCAAGAUUUGCUUUCAAAUUGUAGUUAAAGAAGAAGACACUUUAUAAAGAAUUAAGUGUUUCUUUGAAGGAGUAGUUCACCAUUUUUGUAGUGUAAAGCACUGCCUGCAGUAUUCUGUAGUGUGUAAUGGAGGUUAAAUGAGUUCAUUUCAAUAGUGAUGUUAUCUCUAAGUGGAGGAGACAAUGUCCUUGACCUGCGUUCACCAGCCUGCAAAGGAAAGCAGUUUUUCUCCUCCAGUGACUCAGAGGACGACGAGGACGAGAGCAAGAAAAAGUUCAAAAUCAAGAUCAAACCGCUGGUAUCGGACAGCGCCAAGUGUGUCCCUCCAUCCAUGGACGAGCUGAAAGCCUCAGUGGGAGGCCUGGCUCUGUCUCCGUCUCUGGUGAGCACAACUGAUCUGCUCUCUUUUUCCUCUUUACAUGACUGAAGGGCACAGACAACACACUCUUAAACACACACACACACACACACACACACACACACACACACAUACAAAUACACAUGCAAUAAGCCUCAUUCAAUGAUAUCUCUUAAAGAGCAGAGCUGUUGUACUGCAGAGCUGUGUGCACACAAAGAGGAAGAAAGACAAAAGAAUGCUAAAACCAAAAGUUAAAAACCUAAGCCUGACACACCAGACUCAAAAUCUACUCACUUCUGUGAGGAAAUGUUAUUUUCUGUUGACCUUGGCACCUCAUGGAUGAAACAGUGGGACUUUGCUCUUUGCUAAUCUUGUACUGUAGAUGUAUAAUAGUUGUCUUUGACUCAGAAACUUCAGCUUUCUUUUUUCAGCCAAACGGUUUGUUUAUUAUUUAUGAAUCUUUAUUGUUGAAAGUAUGAAGAAAAGCACAGCUGGUCUGUGUGCAGUUUUUGUCUUGUCUUGCAAAGAAGCGUUUAAAAGAUACACAAAUGUAGUCAGCCUUCUUUCCCAUGGUCUCAUUUGAUUUUAAAGGUCAUAUAAAGGCAUCAGUGUUAAGACCAGUCUUUUUUUAUAACCACUGAAAGCUCCUUUUAUGAGCUUAAAACACCAUCCCGAAAUGCAGAAAGUGAUUAGUAAACAGGCCUGACGUAUUCAAAGUGUCUGUAGUGAAGGUACAAUAAAUACAUUAUGGGAGAUAUGUACCCAAAACUGAUGUAUCAGAUACUCCUAAAGUUUGCUCUAAAUCAGUAUAUGUUGCUCAAACAGAGGAGGUGAAGCGGCAUCUCUGAGCAGCAGUACUUCCAUGCAGUCUCCUUUGUGUUUGACUUUUAAAACUGGGAGCAAACUCUGAGAUAAUUCAGAAGAUAAGGAGAUAUUGGGUUUAGAUUCUGCAUUUCUUUAAACUAAACUAGAAGACUAAAGGAUCACAGUCACUUCAGAAGUCAAGCUGAUCUGUAUGCUUAUUCUAUGUACUGUAUAGUCAUACAUAUAAAUAUCUCAAUUUUUCAACUGUAAUAUAUCAACAUCAACAUAACAGCUAUAAUUAACACCAGUGUACAGUAUAUAACUUUUUUUUUUUUUACAUCUUUUUAACUCUUAGGUUUCUUCAUGCUUUAAUUUCUCUUUUGUAUUUAUCGCUGCUGUAAACUUUAGACUAACCCCUUGUGGGACGAAUAAAGAAAUCUCUUAACUUAUCUCUUAUGAAAGCAUUUACUCCUCAAGCAAUGACAAAGAAGCAAUCAUUUCAGAUAUACGUAUGCUCAAGAGUGUGUACAUAUUUUUCCUUGACUAAAAAUUUGAGAGUGUCCCCUUUAAAGCAGCAAGAAGAACUUUCUAAAGGUCUUUUCUCCCAGAAACAGAGUGAAUGAGGCCCAUAGAUUUUAAUUUAUGGUAAUAGUGUUAGAAUCAUUUCUAUCUUUGUCCGUCUCACACUCUGUUUUUCUUUUUCCUGCUUGUCCUCCUUGAUCUUGCAGAAGAGAAGUCCGGUAAGCCUGCUGCACACUUUCACAUUUGCAUCACCCCAAACCUGAGCUGCAUGGCAUGGAUUCACUUACAAAUGCUUGAUUAAGUUUCCUCUAUUUACCCUGAUUACCUUUAUAGCAUCACACUAUUCCCUGCAUGCAGCUUUGUCCCACCCUCAGUGUUUUUGUCACUUGUAGAUCUUCUCUUUUCGUUGGAUUUUUUCAAUCUUUACUUGUACCUGUGAAGCAAAGUGUCUGCUCUUAUAAUGCACAGUAAACAUAACACAGAGACAGCUCUAAAUCUGUUGAAUUUGUCUCUGAGGAGCUGUACAACCUGCUACCUUCAGUGUGCUGCUGCUCUGUGCGUGUUGGUCGUAGAUGAUGCUGAUCUUGUCCUCAGAAUUUUUGGGGUGUUAUGGCUCAUGUUGCAUUAUUACGGCUUUGCAGUGCAAGUAAAGAAGUGCGGUGUGUGCGGUUAUUAUUUGGUGUCCUUUUGACUGAUUUGUCACUCACUCUCUGACCCAGGUCUGUUCUCUCUUCCUUUUUGCUGGUCUCAGAGACGCAGCCCGGUGAGUCUACUGCGCCCUCUGCUGGCUGUUUGAGAGACAACAGCCUCAACAUGUUUCUUAUCACUGAUGUCAGACCAGUUUAUAUAGGAUGUAGGUCAUACAGUUACAGGAAUGAACUACAGAUGAAGAAACAGCAAGAUGUAUGUGCAUUUUGGAUAAAGAUUGGAUUGGUUUUAAUAUUUUUUUAUAUAACUGGAGCUAUAUGAAACCUGUUCAGUUUUUGUGGCCUGGAAAUAAACACAAAUGUUCAAAAACCUAAACCUAAAAGCUUUACACCAUCUGAGAUGGUUUUGAAGAGCAUACAUCAGACAGUAGACCAAACUAAUGAUUUCAGGUGAACAUUUGUGCGGCGUAAAUGCUCACAUCAAAUCGUCUGUGUGCUUAAUUUUGUUUUGUUUUGAUUCUAAUUUUCUUUACAGGGGCAGAUGAAAAGAAAUUUGUCCUGUAAGUACAUGAUUUUAACAUCCUCUGGUCCUCUACUAUGGCAGUGUUUUGAGCUAAAUGCUAUUUUUCUCACAAAGUUCUUACAUGCGUAUAUGUAAUUGCAGCUCGCUAUCUGAGGCUAGCAUGCUAAUAUUUGUUAAUUAGAGUGUGAAGUAAAGCUGGGGCUGUUAGAAAUGUCAGCGUUGCAUGAAAACAAUAGGCAAACUGCCCUGACAAUGGCUUAAAUCCAAAGGUCAAAGGUCAGAAUAAUGAUUUUGAGUCAUCCUGAGGUGAUUGUGAAUAUCUUUGUUGGAUUUUGGGUGAUGUAUUCAAAAGCUUUUGAGCUAUUUUAGUCCAGACCGGCUGGCUCACCAACAAUGUUAUCCCUGGAACAAAACUGUCAGCAAGGCUAAAAAUAAACUGUUGUGAUGGAAGGUGUUCAAGCACAAGUGAAACAGAGCAACAGUUAAGACUUUUAUGGUUCUCACAGGUGAGGAGAUUGCCAGACCCAGACGCUCCAUACCAACGCCGAGUCCUGCACCUGAGACGCUAAGGUUUGCUGACCACAGCUUCAAAUUAAUACUCCUUUGAAUCAUUCAUGUUAGAUCAGAACAGAAGAACAUACACUUUAAGCUACUGUGAGGACCGCUGUGGACCCCUGUGGACAAAGAUGGCUUUGCUAAUUUUUUCCUCUACGUGCUUAAAUAAUGUCCUAUGACAUAAAAACCUAAUCCUGCUGAUUUAUGAUGGUCAGAUGCAUCAUUAAUUGUUAAUAUUUUAAGGGAAACCACUGUUUCCUCAGCUGACAGCAACCCCCUCGCACCAUUUUCGGUCAUUAAAAAUGACUAUAUAAAAAUCAGCAUUCAUGACGCUGAUUGCCUACCAUACAAAGGCGCCAAUAGUGUGUUUUAUAAACACUGGAGCAUUAAUUAAUCAAUGAUAUAUAUUGAUAACCUAUGAAUAGUUUCGAAAUUUUUCAAGUAAAAUGUCAAACAUUUCCUGUUUUGGCAUUUUUUAAAAUAGUAUUUGGGACUUUUCUUUAAGGAAUAGUGGGUCAGUUUUGGACCGUUGUUCGUCAAAUAAUAAUGUGUAGAUGCCACAUUUGGCUCUGGUAACGGUGAGCUGUGUUUAUCUGAACCGUUUGCCUUUUUUUGGGACAAACAAUCAACUGAUAAACUGAUUGAAAAGAAGUGAUUUCUUGUUUAAAUACAUACUCCUGUUGCUUUAAGUACUGAUGCAUUGCAGCACUAAAGCAGGAAGUUUGGUUAUUAAAAUACUUUGAUUUGAUGAAUGUGUCUCCUUUUUCAGUGACCGACUAUCACAGAACGCCCCUGCCUUUUUUGGGCUGCCUUCAGAGACCAAAUAUGCCAGAUAUGAUGGUUUGUCCUCUUUUGAUAGUCCAUCAUGAAGCAAGCUUAAAUAUUUGACAUCACCUGCUUAAUGUCAUUGAGGUAACAUGUUAUCUCUGUGUGGUUGUCCAAUCACAGUGGUCCCUACAGAUGUCUGGGCAGACUCGAGACAUCAUUCAGAAUCUCCGCUGAGCAGAAGUUUCCCAACAGGAGGUGAUCUGCCAUAAAAACAAUUAAACAUUUGUUUCCCUCAUAUUAAGAGAAACAAAUGAAGGAUUUGAAUUUUCUUUGUGCUAAACUGACUUAAAUGUGCUCCAUGUUGCAGCUCCUCCUCCUCUUCCUCCUAAAAACAUUCCUUCUAGAAGUCAUUACGGCUGUCCGUCAGACUUUGUUGGUAAGUUUGGUUGAAAAUCAAAUAUUAUGUAUCUGGAGCAGAUCUCAGAACUUGAUUUAAAUCCUAAAAACUCAAAUUUUCUUCAGCCGAUCUACCCAAUGGAAGAGCAGCUCGUAGCUCCGCCCCCAUCUACCUGAACGUCCUGUCACCUGCCUCGUACAGAGGCUCCCCAGCCCCUGACCUGGAUGAUGUUUUUGGCCCCUCGGACAGCCCCCGCACCACUGAGGAAACUGUGUCUCCCCGAUGGGUCACUUUUCAUGAUGACAGACCUCCCCCACCUGACGAAAUCCCUCCCCCUCCUCCACCAGACUCCCCCGCCCCUGACACACCCUCCUCCACCCCCUCCACUCCCUGCCUCUCCCCAGGACCGCCUCCAAAUGAGCCCCCGCCUUCACCUCCGUCCUUCUCCCCUGGGUCUCCUCCUCCUUUCUCACCACCGGACUCUCCCCCCUCAAUCGUGCUCGGACCUCCACCUCCCGAUGAACCCCCUCCCCUGCCUCCUGACUUUUCCCCCUCCAACUCACCUCCACUGUGCCUGGAUGAGGACGCCAUUGAUGAGGAGGUGCUGCAGUUUGCUGAGUACUCAUCGUCUCCUGCCCCCAUCAGCCCUGUGCCCCCUCUGCCAAUGGAGAGGAGGUCACCUCGAGUCGGGGGGACAUCCCCCCUGGUCCUUGGGGGAAAAAGGACUCCUGAGGGGACAUACCUGAGAGACGAUAUCCCGGACUUUAUGGGUUCACCUAGAGAGCUGACGCCCAGCUUUAGAGGCACGCCGCCUCCUCUUCCUCCAACCACCUACAGGUCCAUCAUGUCUUCCCCUGGGCCGGGCUCGGGCAGCAGUGAGUACUCUGAGAUCUUCAUCAUUUCUCUUUUGCACAAAGUUGUAUUGCUGGUUUAUGUUUAAUGGCAACAGUGUUCUUCAGCUUGAUUUGUAGAAAAGUGUUCGUUUUACACUUAGUUCUACCGUGAAAAAAUCACACAGAGAUGCUUGUUACGCAGAUCUGCUUUUACCUCAUAAAUAGAACAUAACUAUCCGACUCGUGGGCCGUUAAUAAACAUGUAAUCAGCAUUUCCAUCUCCCACAGUUGUACAAAUUUGAAGCUAAAAUACACCCAUGAAUCAUGAUGAGGGUUUAUAUGUUGCACUAAUGAGGUCAGUUGGAGCAAGGAUCUCUGUUGUAAAGAUCAGCUCCCAGAGCCUCUUCAAAGCAAAACACACAUUAAACCAGUGGUUCUCAAUCCAGUCCUCUAGCCCCCCCUGUCCUGCAUGUUUGGAUGUUUCCCUGCUCCAACACACCUGAUUCAAAUGAUCACCUCGUUAUUAAGCCAUUACAGAGCUUGAUAACGAGGUGAUCAUUUGAAUCAGGUGUGUUGGAGCAGAGAAACAUCCAAAACAUGCAGGACAGGGGGGGCUCGAGGACUGGAUUGAGAACCACUGCGUUAAACACAGUCAAGAAAUCAGUAUGUAGAGAAAAAUACACAAUGACAACAUUUUAAAAAGGCACCAAGUAUUCUAAAGUGUUGUAGUGUGACCUGUGUCCCAUCUGGUAACAAUGUGGAGGUAACAAGACUGAUACAGAGACAGAGUGACCCUUUUAUAUCAGAUAUUAGCGUAAUUUAGCAUAAAAGAAUUUAAUACAGUAUCCAGAAAUAAUGGUUGAUGAAAAUUGUUGUUAUUGUUUAUUGUAAAAUGAAAAGUUUUGAUGAUUUAACUCGUUGUUUUAUUAUGUCAGUAAGUUCUUUGUAAAAAUCUACAAGAGCAUUGUAUAUCACCAGUUAAUGAAGUGAUGCAAAGCAGUUUAUCACAUUACCAAACAAUGUUUCCAGUUUAAAGUCAUUAUGAUAAUGUCAUUAUUACUAAGAGAGUCAGAGCUGUACAGUCAAAGGAACAUAUUCACCCACAACAGUGCCAUUUAAUGAAGAAUGUAAUUUUAACCUAAGCAAGCAAUUUAGUUCGUUUAAAAAAAUGAAUCAAUAAAUAUAAAUACAGAUAAAAGCUUUAUUUUUUAAUAUCAAAUUUAAUAAGGUGCACCUGUGAAAAUGAUGAAUAAGAAGUAAACAAAAGCUGUUUGUUAAAUAAAAAUAGGCCUUCAAGGCAUAUUCACAGAUAGUAUAAACUUGCUUUCAAUCCUUUGGUUGUGACGAGUCUAACUACUGUUUGAUUCAUUAAACAGUCUGCAAUGAAGGAUGAGAAAGCUGUCAGUAAAAUGUCUGAGUAACAUUGUCAUUUUGCGGAUCACUGAGUAUCCUUACAGAAUUUGUUUACCCUGGAUACACACUUUUUGAUAAAAAUAGUCCCCGUUAGAUAUCUGAGCCCUCCCCAAUUCAGUGACCAUGAGCGUGUUUUGUAUUCUUCAUUUACCAAGCGGAUCUCCUUGUAAGAUUUUAUACUAUUACUUGUACCCUUUCGUAGCCUUUGUGAACUUAUCUACUGGACCAGGGUCUCCAGUGUGGAUCUGGUGGUAGAGCAGCCAUCCCAUGCACAAAGACUAGAGUCCUUGUGGAGCUGAUUGUUGUAUUGAUUCCCUGUCCCUGUCAACUCUCCCUCUCCUGUCCCCUCUUUCUCAAUUUGUCUUUUCAAAAUAAAGGCAAAAAAUGCAGCUCUCUAGGUCAGGUGUUGGCACUCCUCCCUCUGUGUACAUGACGUGACAAAAUGCUGAUCUCUUCCUUAUAUAUGACACAGGCCCCUCAUCUCCAGCUCGUCCAACCACUCCUCAGUCUCGGGGCAGUCCAGUCCCUCCUCCCCCUCCUCCACGACCGUCUUCUCGACCAAAGCUGCCACCGGGGAAACCAAUCACAGACCUGGUACAUGUGAAGAGUCAAUAAUCUGACCUUUGCUGAUUCCUCUUCUGCUGGUGUACUUGACUAGAAUAGAUCAAACUUGUUCAGUUGUGUGUUGUUAUCCUCUGUCCACAGACUCGGCCCUACAGUCCGCCGAUCUCAGGCAGCCCUCCACCUUUUGCCCCCCUUGCCCGGGCAGAGAGCUCCUCCUCCAUCUCAUCCAUCACAAUGCAGAGUGCGGCAUCCACUCCAACCUUAGGGAAGGAGCUUAUCACGCCCACCACAGGUAUGAAACCAUCUACCCUCCUCGUUCUCCUUCCUGUCAGUGUGAGUCCAUGUUGUGUGUUGCUCCUCAUCGUGUCGUUGCCUCACAGUUUUGUCCCUCUCCAUGAUUCUCUCCUCCCCAUGUCUCUGCUCACUCAGAGGCCACACUGCCUCUGGUUUGGUUUGACCACGGCAGGUUUUAUUUAGCUUUUGAAGGUGAGUAGAGCCAGACUGCUCCUGUAGACCCACCAGUGCAUGGACCCAAAGCACUAACCCUCCUUUUUCCUGCAGCCCUGACAACACUUAAACUCACCUAACCAAAAAAGGUUUCCUAUCCCAUCUUGUGUCCUGUUACUCCACUUGUAAUCUGGUGUGUGUAUUAUUAUUUUUUAUGUUGUGUGGUUGCUUUUGUUGUUCUUAGUACCCUAUCCUCUGCAAAAACCCAUAGAUGAACUUUUGAGCACAUAAGGAGUGACCAGAGAAAAGAGUUUUAGUUUAGAUUUUAAACGUUUGUAUGUCUUUUCUAAAGGAUGCUCCAGAGGACCUAGUCCGCUCACUAUGGGACCUCAGGACACUCUGCCAGUGGCUGCAGCCUUCACAGAAACCAUUAAUGCCUACUUCAAAGGCGCAGACCCCAGCAAGUAAGUCCACAUUUCUGUCUUUGUCUUUUUAGGUCUCAAAUUAAACAUGUAUGCAGUUAGUUACUAUAACUAAAUAAAAAAAUAGCUACCGAGAUUAACUUCUUGCCAAAAAGCACAGAGAGUUUGUCUCACCCUGAACAGACUCUAAAUUAAGGCCAAUUAAAGCACCCUUUUUACAUUUUCCAGGAUGAUAAAAGUUCAGUCUUUUUGAUCUUUUUAAUGAUAAGAAGAAAGAAACAUUCUCUUUCUUAAAACAAAGGACAGAAAAAACACUUACAGUUUGCUGCAAUUAUAUGACAGGGUUUUAGACUUUUGGCGACUAGACUGACAGAACAUCAGAAAGUUGAUAUUUCUGUUUUGUAAGUGCUAAAAAUGCAUCUUUAUCUUCAAACACAAACUUUGAGAUCUGUCUCUGCUCUGCGUCCACACCAGGUGUGUUGUGAAGAUCACUGGGGAGAUGGUACUGUCUUUUCCCGCUGGUAUAACCCGACAUUUUGCCAGCCACCCAACUCAACCCAUCCUAACCUUCAGCAUCAGCAACUACAACCGACUGGAGCAGGUCCUCCCUAACCCACAGCUGCUGUGCUGGUAAGAAUAACACCAACGCCACAGGAAGACACACAAAUAAGGUUAUCUCUUCGUUUUAUUACAGAUGGAUGAUAUGUGUCUGGAAUUUUGGGGCACUGUAAACCUGAACAAGUUCAGAAAACUCAAAAAUGUUGUCAUAACAGAUUACAUAAGAACUUUUAAGUUAUGCUGAUAAAAUUUUUGAGUUACACUGUACUUAAAAAAAUAUGUGUUCAGUUGACUUAAUCCUUAUUCUAAGUUCAAUCUAUUUUUUUUUAAUUCCCUUAACGUAAUAUUUUUGUCUUCUUCAUACUUAAUUGGUUUGAUUAAAUAAACUAAAUUACAUAGACUUGAAAAAUUCAUUGUACACAAAGUAUUACACCUUAAUGAACUCAAAAUAUUUACCACUUGCCAACUUAAAAUGUACAAGACACCCUGUUUUCAGUUUGUAAUGCUCAAUGUGGCAUAUUUGAAUUGUAUUGUACUCUGGGCAUCUGGAUGUGUACAUUGUAUUGUGAGUUGGUAAUACGUACUUCCUCUCACUCCUCAGUGAUUCCACAGUAGACGGUGCAGACACAAAGGAGUUCUGGGUAAAUAUGCCAAACCUGAUGAGCCAUUUAAAAAAAGUGGCUGAACAGAAGCCUCAGGCGACGUACUACAACGUGGACAUGAUCAAAUAUCAGGUAUCAAACAUCAGCACCGCUCUGUAUCUGUUUGUGUUUCGCUACAGCAUUAGCAUAUAAUCUCACUGCCUUGUGUUUCUCUCUCUCUCAGGUGUCAGCAGAGGGGAUCCAGUCCACUCCUCUGAACCUGGCGCUGAGCUGGCGAAGUGAUGCCAACAACACAGAUCUUAGAAUAGACUACAAAUACAACACAGAGGCCAUGGCUGCCCCUGUGCCACUUCAUGACAUCCACUUUGUGGUUCCUGUGGAUGGAGGCAUGGCCACAGUCCAGACCAUGAUACCCCCUGCCAACUGGUAAGGAUGCAUUAAAGGUCCACAUUUCAAAGGUGAUCUAGGAAGAUUUAUUCAUAGGAGGUUUUUCUACAUUAGAGUAUGACCUGCUGGUCUAAUUUAGGACCUUUACCUGAAAUUGUUCUCUCUCAUUCAGGAACCAAGAGCAGCAGACGAUUCAGUGGAAAAUCCCCAGUCUGUCUCAUAGAUCUGAAAAUGGAGGUAGGUGCUAAUUUUGUCGUGUUCUUGCAUAAUCUGACUGUUAACCCUAAAAAUGUUCAAUGACUUUAUUAAACCAAUCAAAAACUGAAAACUUCACCACAAGCAAAAUUUAAAUCAGGAAUUGUAGGAUUUGUCUAUGGACAACAAAAGACUCUUACUCUGUCCUGUACUUUCCUACAUUUGUUGAACUCAUGUGUCAGGAUAGAGUGUAUGUUUAUUCAGAAAAAUGUGCUGAAUUUUCAUGCCAGUUUUUGAACGUUUUGUCCAAGACAUAAUUUUAAUUUCUUCUUCAUCAAUCGUUAUUGACAAACAAAACCUUCUAGCAGUGGGUGUGCUAAUUCUAGCACACUGUAGCAUUUUAAGAAAUGAUUGGGUGAUGCUUGAUAGUUUCCCAGAUGACAUAAAUAUCAGUCGAGGCAUGAGUAAACUCUAUUCUUCUGUCCAGUGCUGUUGUGUGUGAAAGAUAGAGACGCCAAGACCCGCCUUACGUUGUUUUGAUAUUGCGUGGUGCCUUCGGUGGUUGGUUAGAUUUAUGCACCAGGGACUGAUGGACUGGUCUAGGAUUGGUUAUCUUGAUAAAUACAGAGUACUGAAUGGAGAAAUAUAAGUGUGAGAAAUGUCAAGUGUGGCGUGUGGUGUGAGAAUGGGUCAAAUUGCAUGACUGUCACACUCAAAGCGUGACACUUGGCAGCUCUGUAACAGGCCUCAGAAACUGAAUUAGUAUGAUAGUUUGCACAUUUUCUUGCAGUUUGAUAAAAGCUUCAAACCUUAUCUGUGUCCCUAAGGAGUCGGGGCUCUUCUGGGCCGGUUUCAGAUGACCGAAGGUUUGUGUAGACCCUCUCAACUCUCAGUCCAGUUCACCAGUGAGGGCAGCACUUUGUCAGGGUGCGACAUCCAGCUGGUUGGGACGGGCUACCGACUGUCGCUGAUCAAGAAGAGAUUUGCUGCAGGUGAGUUUAAGCAUCAGAAAGUACCUCUCAGGUUUAUCUUGGAAAAAAAAGAAGCAUUAAUAUCUAACUGGAAAUGUCUUUCUUAAAUGUUGUGUUUUGCUUCACAGGGAAAUAUUUGGCAGAUAAUUAG